AACAAUUGAAGAGUUUCAGUCGUCGAGGGACAAUUUGUGCAGCCAACUUCAUGCUAUUGAUUGUCAAAAAGCAUGUCGGACGAGGAGAGUCCCGAAAAAACCGGCCGGAGGACACGCUCCGGACGCACUGUGAAGGCGGCUGCUCCAAUUACGUCACGGACGACACGUCGAACGCGACGAACAAACCCUGAACCGGAGCCUGAAAAUGUACACGAGGAGAUUCCGGAGGAAACUCCGUUUGAGGAGGCUCCAGUGCAGGAGCUCCUAGCUGACGACACUCCAGUACAGGCGACUAUCAUUUCACCAGUGGUCGAGACGCCGAUAGAGGAGAAAUUGGCUGAGGAUGAGGAACCGCCGGCGCCAAUUGAGGGAGCGGCUGUGGAGAAUCUUGCUGAAGAUGCUCCUGAGGGCGAGGGCGAAGCCAUGGUUCCGCCAGAAGACGAGAAGAGCUCAUCUUUUCCGUUUGGCGAGCAAUCGUCAGCCGAUCGUGAGGACAUGAAUAAUAUCAAUCGCGAGUCUGGAGACAAUCUGUUCAUUGCCAAUUUGGCUGCCGAAGAGAAUGCCAACAGCCUUCCCUCGGGCACAGAUGACAAUGAGAUUCGUGACUAUGAAGGUGUGGCGACCAAUUCGGCGACUCUUGCAUCGGAGGUGCAAAAGGAUGACACGAAGAACGACAGUGAUGAUUGUGCUAUCGCUGAGGAUUUGCCAAAUGGCCAAGACAGUCCGGGAAAGCAAACGGAUCCCGACACUGAGAUGGUUUCGGAAGAUGAACUUCCAGCACCGACUCAGCCAAAAGUGCAAGAUGCCGAAGAAGUGUCUGAUGAUGAGUUGCCUGGACCAAAAUUGGCUGAAUUGCCAGCAGACACAGAAGUUGUGUCUGAGGAUGAAUUGCCGGCGGCAGGAAAGGGCAAGAGGAAAGCCGACGAGGGCUAUGAUCCGGGAAGUCCGACAGAGUCAACAGAAGCGCCGGAGAAGAAGGCAAAAAUUGAGAGUGUUGCCGAGGAGCCGAAGAAGAAAUUACCUGACUUGGAUAAGUACUGGAAAGCCGUGAAUGAUGAUCCCACGGAUUUCACCGCCUGGACAUACUUGCUGCAGUACGUGGAUCAAGAGGUUGACAUUGAAGCGGCUCGAGAGGCUUACGAUGCCUUCCUGGCUCACUAUCCAUACUGCUAUGGCUACUGGCGCAAGUAUGCUGACUACGAGAAGCGUCGUGGAAACAAGAAGAAGUGCGAAGAGGUGUUUGAGCGUGGCCUCAAGGCAAUACCCUUGUCGGUGGAUCUCUGGAUACACUACUUGGGUCAUGUCAAGGGCAACUACGGCGAGGACGAGUCCUUCGUGAGGUCACAGUUUGAGCGGGCGCUCGGAGCCUGCGGUCUCGAGUUCCGGUCGGAUAAGCUCUGGGAAGCGUAUAUCAAGUGGGAGACGGAGGGCAAGAGAGUGGCCAAUGUGGUGUCGAUCUACGAUCGUCUGUUGUGCACUCCGACGCAGGGAUACAAUGGCCACUUUGACAGCUUCAGUGAGAUUGUGUCCAAUAAUGCGCCGCAAGUUCUUGUCACUGUGGACGAGUUUAAGAGGGUGCGCAGAGAAGUGCGAGACGUGGCGGGCACGAAAAGCACCAAGGCAGCUGAAGAUGACGUGACCAUCGUGGAGGCGGACAAGGAGAAUGUUGAGAAGAAUGAGGACAGCGAGAAGGACAAUGAGGAGAAGAUGGAUGUGGAAGAAGAGGCGAAAUCAGGCAUUGAACCGAACAUGAAGGCUGUCAAUGAGGAGAAGCCAGAGGAGGUGGAAGCCGAUGAUCAUGUAGCGAAUGAUGAGGAGGCGCAGGCCAUCAAGGACAAGAUUUUGUCCAUCCGUCGAAAGCUCCACAAGCAGACAGUGGCCGCGGUGACGGCACGUUGGGUGUAUGAAGAGGCCAUAAAGCGUCCCUAUUUCCAUGUGAAGCCACUGGAGCGGUGUCAGCUGAAGAAUUGGAAGGACUAUCUGGAUUAUGAGAUAGAGCAGGGGGAUAGAAAGCGUGUGUUGGUGUUGUUUGAGCGAUGCUUAAUUGCGUGUGCGCUCUAUGAGGAGUUCUGGCUGAAGCUCAUUCGCUAUCUAGAGAGUCAGAAUGAUGCAGAACUUGCCGUGACGACGAGGGAUGCUUUCGAGCGUGCCUGCACAGUUCAUCAUCCAGACAAGCCCAGUCUUCAUCUCAUGUGGUCGGCAUUUGAGGAGGUUCAGAACAACUAUCAGAAGGCGGCAGAGGUGUUGACGAAUCUGGAGAAAGUGUGCCCAAAUCUGCUGCAGGUGGCUUAUCGUAGGAUAAAUCUGGAGCGACGUCGCGGGGAUUAUGUGAAGUGUAGUCAGCUGUAUGAGCACUAUAUUGGCGUGGCCAAGGGCAAGAAUAUGGCCAGCAGUUUGGCCAUAAAGUAUGCCAGAUUCUGUCACAAAGUCAAGGGUGAUCUGGAUGGUGGCAUGGAAGUGCUGAAGGUGGCCCUGGAGAAGGACAGCAGCAAUACGCGCAUUGCCCUGCAAAUGAUUGAUCUUGCGCUGCAGCGUGCACAAGUGGAGGAGACGGAAGUGGUGGAGAUCAUGGACAGUUUCAUGGCUCGCGAGGGCAUGGAUGCCGAACAGAAAGUGCUCUUUGCGCAGCGCAAGGUGGAGUUCUUGGAGGACUUCGGGAGCACCGCCAGAGGAUUGCAGGACGCUCAGAGGGAGCUGCAAUUGGCAUUGGCCAAGGCUAAUGAGUCCAAGAAGAAGGCGAGUUCGACUGAAGUUGCGAGUGCGGCGAAGAAGAGCAGCACUAAGGACAGUCAGCCUCCGCUGCCCACCACCGGAACUGGCAAUUCCUCCACGUACAGCUCAUACAACUACAGUGGCUCAGGUCAGGCGGCUGCCAGUGGGUAUUACGGCAGCGGAGCCACAGCUGCUCAAUCCGGCUAUGGUUCCUACACCGAUGCGAACUACGGCUAUAACCACUGGAAUCAGUACGGACAGACGGGCUACAGUGGCUACAGUCAGUGGAGUGGAUACGGGAACUACUAUUGAGCGCGAGUGUGAGAUUUUAACAAACUAUUUUUCAAGUAAUUCCAUCUCAAUUGGAAAGAGAUUUUUGCUAAUCCCCUAAUUACUAUGGAGAGAAAAUCCUUAUUCGCUCCUGAAAAUCCUUCACUUGAAGUCAAGAAAUAGUAAGAAUUGUAAGAAGAGAGAGGAGAAAUGAAAUAUGCGCGAAGAAAACAUUAACUGUAAAUGCUUAAUUGUAAGAUUGUGUUGCCAACACAAGAUGAUUUAUUGAUUUUGUCGUCCUUUACAUUUAUUACUCCCUAUGAAUCCAACAAGAUGAAGACAAAAAAGAAAUGUAAGAUGGAGAGAAAACAUUAAGAUAUAGUAAUGUAGAAAGAGAAAUAAUAAAAGGGACUUUUUAAUGAGA